CAUCAUCAUAUAGUACAUAUAAAUAUAACACAUUACACACCGCAUGAAUAGACCAUAGACAUCACAUUACCACUCAAACCAACGAGCAAAAAUCGCAUCUUUUCUUAUUCUAUAAACACUCUAUCUCUUGCUUCUUUUCCAAACCUUUUCUUCUCUUAUUCAUAUUCAUAUUCCCCUCCCUACUUUCUACAAACACAAAAAAGGUGUAAGCUUCCUUCUCUUCUCUUCAACAAAAUGCGAUCCCCUUCCUUCUUAAAUACGAAGGAACUUUACUUGACAUAGAGAAUUAGGUAGACUCAAUAUAGAAUUCAUUCCCUUGUUUGGGAGAGUAAAGUGGAUUGUGGUGUUUAAUUGUGCAAAGAUGGGGGAUCACUUUGAUUUAUUGGUUGAUCGGUUGCUCACUGAAUCGACAUUAGAAGCUGCGAUUGAAAGCAGAAACCGUGCGAUGCAGGCUGCGUCCUCGGAGGUGACUAGCGCAGCAGUCGAUCAUUCUUUGUUGAAGAUGGGUAUCAAAUGUUCCGGGAAGCUGGCAGAAUGCAGGAUAUGCCAUGAUGAUGAUGAUGAUUCCAAUAUGGAGACGCCCUGUUCCUGUUGUGGUAGUUUGAAGUACGCCCAUAGAAGAUGUAUACAGCGGUGGUGUAAUGAGAAGGGCGACACCACCUGUGAGAUAUGCCAUCAGCCAUUCAAGCCUGAUUACACAGCUCCUCCUCCACUUUUUCAGUUUGGACGUAUUCCAAUGAGUUUCAGGGGAAAUUGGGAAAUUUCGCGAAGAGACUUAAACAGUACUCAUUUGGUUAGCAUGGUUCCCACUGACCAGAACCUUAUCAAUUCUAACUAUGAUCAAUAUUCAACCUCUUCUUCAGGAAGUUUGAUAUGCUGUCGUUCAGCUGCUGUCAUUUUCAUGGUUCUGCUGAUUUUAAGACAUACUCUUCCCCUCAUAAUUAGUGGAAAUAAAGACUAUUCUUUCCCACUUUUCAUGGUGUUAUUAUUUCGGAGUGCUGGUAUCGUUGUACCUAUAUACUUCAUGGUUAGAGCCAUGGCACUAAUCCAGCGACAUCGGAGACAACAUCGAGAGCAUCCUAGUGCCUUGGUCAGUUCAUCUGAUGAUGAAAUCGAGGAAGCAGCUUUGCAGUCGCAACCUCAUAUCAUGCAUUUAGUGUAAAAACAAUGUAGCCACUUUAUGUAAAUGAAGUUUGAAAAGCUCCAGUUCUAGCCUCUAGCUGCUGCAAUUUGUGUUCUGAUUUGAUGGAAAUUGGUGGAGGCAAUUCUUUGAGAACCUUGAUUUUGCUUAGUGAGGAUAAAAAUAGUCACAAGACAAGACACUGAAAUUCUUCUAAGUCGCAAAGGUGUCAUAGCUCAUAGAGGCAUUGCAGGGUAUUCAUAUAUCAAAGUUCCUGUAAUAAUGUCUUACUCAUCAGCAAGUCUUGCAGGUUUCAGCAGCUAGUUAUGUUUGCAUUAUUGUUUUGCUUUGAGUUUAAAUUCUUCAGAUUCAAAACAAUAUUCUAAGUGUAUAGCUAGAUAAUUAUAAAGGGUUUUUCUAACGUCUACAAUCUUGCACAUGAUAAGGAUCAUUAAUUUCCAACUAAAAAAGAAGAAAAAUCAACAAAACUUACCGUGUGCAAGGUUUCACACGUUAGCCGGACACUAUUAUAUAUAGAAAAUUACACAUGUAAAUAACAAAGAUGGAUGUACAACUUAAUUGUAUAUGAUUGCAAUGAAAAAUUGUCACGUUUGUGAUAUUUAUUUCAGCAUAGGAAUAGAAUCAAAGUUUUAUUUUA